UUCACUGUAGCCCACGUUACCAUGGCCACCCACUUAUCCAAGGAUCAGGAGGAGAGGAUCAAAUGUGUUAAGGGGGACCUUUUCUCCUGCCCCCAGACGGACGCACUGGCUCAUUGCAUCAGCGAGGACUGUCGCAUGGGCGCGGGCAUCGCUGUUCUCUUUAAGAAAAAGUUUGGAGGCGUACAAGAGCUGUUGGAUCAACAAAAGAAGACUGGGGAGGUGGCAGUUCUCCAAAGAGAGGACCGAUAUAUUUACUACCUGAUUACGAAGCAGAAAGUUUCUCACAAACCGACGUAUGAGAAUAUGCGAAAGAGUUUAGAAGCCAUGAAAGUUCACUGUCUGAAUAAUGGAGUUACUGACAUUUCCAUGCCCAAGAUUGGAUGUGGACUUGACCGCCUGGAGUGGGAUAAGGUCUCAGCAAUACUCGGGGAAGUGUUUGAAGACACUGAUAUAAAGAUCACAGUUUACACUCUGUGA